AUGAGUUCCACCAGUGGGGGUGGCAACCGCGACCGCGACAAAAAUCGCAAAUAUGCAUCUGGAGCAGCAAAACGAAAGGCAAAGGAUGAACGAAUUUUACGGGAAAGUAAAGUUUUAAGUAAAAUGCCGAAAAUAUCGGAACUGUUUCCUCCGAAGGCUGAUGAAGGUUCUUCUGAGCUGACUGCUGCAGAUGAAGCGAUGACAACAAUGGCAGAAGCAGUUGAGGAACCCGACACCGGCGACACAUCCAAGGAGUUGACAUCUGGUGAUACGUCCAUUUCCACUGAUAACAAUGAUGGAUACUCUUGUGAUUUGGGAUUAUGGCCUACUGAUAUUUCUGACAAUAUGAGAGAGCACUGGGCAGGUCAAGGGAGUAGUCAGUGCAGAAAUUCCGAUGCCGAUUUCAGCGCAACAUCAACAAGAUAUGAGGGAGAUGCUUACAAUAGACGAUGUCAAAAAACUUUGUUCACGUACACACAUGAGCUUACAAAACAGCAACAUCCUCGAAACUGGCUCUGCUAUUCACCAUCCAAACAUGUCGUGUUCUGUUUUGCGUGUAAACUCAUGACUGACAGCAUCGUUUUUGGAAAACAAGGUUAUAAUGACUGGAAACGCGCAUCCCAGUCAAUUCCACGACAUGAGAAAAGUUCAGCGCACCAACUGGUCACACAGGCCAGUGAUGAGCGUAACUAUUGGCGGGCAGUACUUGAGCGGGUAACAGAAACCAUCCGUUACCUUUCCGAGCGAAGUUUACCAUUUCGCGGCACUGAUGAGAUCGUUGGAUCGCCAAAAAACGGUAACUACCUGGGAACAUUAGAACUUAUAUCGAUGUUCGAUCCAUUUCUAGCGCAACACAUCAACCGUAAUGCAAAUAAGGGAAAGGGUCACACAUCCUAUCUCUCAAAGACCAUUUGCGAGGAAUUCAUCCAACUGAUGGCAACUCGAGUUCGCGAGCAGAUUUUUACAGAAGUUAAAGCUGCAAAGUAUUUCUCCGUCUGUGUAGACUCUACCCCAGAUAUUUCCCACGUUGAUCAACUGACAUGCAUUCUUCGAUACGUUUUACCCUCUGGUCCUGUCGAACGAUUUGUAUCUUUCCUUAACAUACGUGGACAUAGCGGAAAAUUGCUAGCUGAAAGGCUACUAGAUUAUUUGAAAACCAAUAAUAUAAAUAUUUCGGAUUGCCGCGGCCAGUCAUAUGACAAUGCAAGCAAUAUGAGUGGGAAAUAUAAUGGUAUGCAGGCCAUUAUUCAGCAACAUUGUAGCCUAGCACAGUACAUACCCUGCGUUGCACAUUCCCUUAAUCUUGUUGGACAAUCAUCUGCCAGUUGUUGUCAAGAAGCAUCAAGAUUCUUCAACUUCCUCCAACGAUUGUACUCUUUCUUUGCUGCUUCAACGCAUCGUUGGAAAGUUUUAACCGACCAACUUUCAAGCAAGAGACUUCCAACGGUUAAACGUAUGUCUGAUACUCGAUGGUCAGCACGUGCAGAUGCUAAAAGCUCUAGUAAUAGGAUACGAGGAAAUUAA